AUGCUGCUCCGCCAGCUAAUUGCGGAUUCGAGAGCGCAGCGGCGACAAUGGGCUUUGUGCCAGCUCGACAGGAAUGCUCGAAGCGGGAGCUGGUCUGACGGGGGCGUGGCGGCCAUGAGACCUACACGCACCGAGUAUUCCGACACUCACAUUGAGAUUGAUACUCACCGCCACCCAUACGCAAGCCCCAUCGACGUCGCUGAGCGUGAAUACCGAGAGCGUUACCGCCCCCAGUAUUCCACCACCGUAGACGCCCCUGCCCGCCCUCAGUACACCGCCGAGAGCGUCAAGGUCAACGAGCACACCGUCGACGGAGCCACUGCCCGCCCUUCCUACACGGAAAACGUCAAGAUCACCGAGGAGACCGUUGAGCCUUCCCGCUUCAACCUCGCCAGCCAAAAGUCCAACAUGGGUUACUACGACGAGGACGGCCACUACCACUCCUUCCGCCACGGGAUUCACAAGCUGGCCGACAAGAUUGUGCACCCCGGCGGCCACCACCACCACCACCAUGACCAUGUCGACGUGGACAUUCGCGAGACGGGGACGGGCCCCCGUCCCCGUCCCGGCGACUCUGCCGAGUCGUACCUGCCGAACACGGUCACUAUCCCAUGCCACCACAUCCGGCUGGGCGACUUCCUGAUGCUGCAGGGCCGGCCGUGCCAGGUGAUCCGCAUCUCGACGUCGCCGGCGACGGGCCAGUACCGCUACCUGGGCGUGGACCUGUUCACCAAGCAGCUGCACGAGGAGUCAUCCUUCAUCUCCAACCCAGCGCCCAGCGUCGUGGUGCAGACGAUGCUCGGCCCCGUGUUCAAGCAGUACCGCGUCCUGGACAUGCAGGACGGCCGCGUCGUGGCAAUGACGGAGACGGGCGACGUCAAGCAGGGUCUGGCCGUCAUCGACCAGUCCAACCUGUGGUCGCGCCUGAACAACGCGUUUGAGUCGGGCCGCGGCAGCGUCCGCGUGCUGGUCCUCAACGACUCGGGCCGCGAGCUCGCCGUCGACAUGAAGGUCAUCCACGGCUCUCGCCUGUGA